AUGACUUGUCCCAUUCCGGCAUCUGGUAACGCUGCUAAUGGUACCUGUACCCAGGGUGGCUACUCUGAGUACGCUGUGAAGAUAAAUAAUGUCGCUCAGAUCCAGCUAGCAGUCAAUUUCGCUCGCUCACUGAACUUGCGCUUGGUCAUUCGCAACACCGGUCACGACUAUAAUGGCAGAUCGGUUGGGAAGGGCGCUUUGAGCGUUUGGACUCACGGACUGAAAGGAAUCCGUUACAUCAAGGAUUACGAGAGCUCAGCUUACUCCGGACCUGUCUUCAAAGUUGGCGCUGGCGUGCAAGGCUUCGAGUUGCUACAAGCCGCCGAGCAAUACGGUGUCUCUGCUGUUACUGGCAUCUGUCCCACCGUUGGUGUAUUCGGGGGCUAUUCGACAGGUGGCGGCCACAGCCCAUUGAUGCAGCUAUUCGGGACUGGGGCUGACCAGAUUAUCGCUCUCGAGGUAGUGCUAUCUAGUGGGCGUUUCGUCACUGCCACUCCUUUAGUGCAUAGCGAUCUGUAUUGGGCGAUGCUCGGUGGCGGUGGCGGCACCUUCGGAAUCAUCACCUCUGCUGUGGUCAAGGUCCACCCCAAAGUUCCCGUCACUGCUUCAACCUGGACCGUCAUGACAUCUGAGACAGUCUCUGCUGAAGCCUUUUGGGAGCUCUUCAGGUUCUUCUGGGACAACUUUCCAACUUACAACGACGCCAAGACCUACUCAUUUGGCUCAUUGAUGAAGCUUGGCCCUGGAUCGUACAUGUGGGACAUGAAACCUUUUUUUGCAACAAAUAAAACAGUCGCAGAGUACGAGGCCUUGGUUGCGCCUCUGUACCAAAAGGCUGCUGAGCUAAAUGUUACAAUCGCAGCCAACACGACCCAUUACGAUACCUUGUACUCCGCCUACCAACCCACGUUUGGCGCAUACAACUAUCGUAUCGGUGCCGCAGGUGCAAUCCCAGGUAGCCGCUUCCUACCAACAGAGAACUGGGCGGAUGAAGAGAUCCGUGACCAGACCUUUGCGGCAGUCCAGAAUACGGUCGAGAAGGCAUUGAUGCUGAACAUGUACCACCAGCACACUGCCGACGAGCAGAACACCGGUGUUAACUCGGUUAACCCAGCUUUUCGCAACCUGCAGGCGCAACUUGUCGCCAUAGGCAGCGUCACCGACAUGACUCCUGCUGGCUGGAAGGCUAGCGAUGAUGCCUUGAACAACGAGAUCAUGGCUCCGCUCCGUAAGGUUUCGCCGGCUGGCGGUGCGUACAGCAAUGAAGCAAACAUUGGCGAGCCUGACUGGCAGCAAGCCUUCUGGGGCAAGAACUACCCGAGGCUCCUGGAGUUGAAGAAGAAGUACGAUCCAACUGAGCUGUUCUAUGUUCAUCACGGCGUGGGAAGCGAGGGGUGGGUCGUUGAGGACCACGGCGUUGUGGGCGUGCAGUCGACUGAUGGUCCGUUAUGCCGUGUGUGA